ACACUGCUGGAGACCUCUUGGUAAAUGUUUCUUAUCUCUCAGGGACUGCUGACCUUCAGGGAUGUGGCCAUAGCGUUCUCUCAGGAGGAGUGGGAUUUCCUGGACCCAGCUCAGCGGAAAUUGUACCUGGAUGUGAUGUUGGAGAACUACAGGAACCUGGCCUCCCUGGUGGAGGAUGACUUCCUUCCUGAGUUCCUACUCCACUCGCAGGUUUUUGUUUCCUUUAUGAUUUUAACAUCUCCAUGGCCUUCUGCUUUCUGUGGUAGAUUCUCGCUCUCAAGGAACACGUUGGCCCAUAGCUGGUUUGGCCCAGUGGAUAGAACACCGGCCCGUAGACUGAAAGGUUCUAGUUUUGAUUCUGUUCAAGGGCAAAUGCCAGAGUUGUGGGCUCACUUCCCAGUAUGGGGUGUGC